UUCACUGUGGCACUAAUAACCCCCCAUACAGUCCUCGACAGACGGCUGUUGUCAGUGAUUGGACCCUGAUUGGACCAUGUGUGUCUCCUCCCCCUUCCCGCGGCAGCUUUUACCGCAGCCUGCUGCAGACAAACAGUAUGACACCGAGCAGAUGUUCAGAGACACCUGCUCUCCUCCAGCAUGUGCUAAACAUGUCUGUCUUUUGCCGUUUCUGAAUAUAUUCUUACCGCGCUUUAAGCCCACCAGAGAGCUUCUGCGUUUUCACAACUACCCUGGCUGUGUGCGGAUUGAGCUGACCCCCUCAUCCACACUCCAACAGCGACCCAUCGAUAAAUCCAGCCCGCUUCUGUGCGCCCUGCCCCGGCCACCAGAGCAGCGAUGCCUCCCGGUGUUGUGACCGCGCCACGGAGCUCCUCAGCCGGCUGCUUCUGCGCCUGCUGCGAGCUAAAGAUGAGACCUUAUUUCACCGAAAACUCCGUGAUCUCUCAGGGGGAAAUUUAUCAGCUCAUCAGUGAAAGUUUCCUGACAGUUAAAGGAGCUGCUCUCUUCUUACCUCGAGGAAAUGGCUCCUCUCCUUCGUCUGCCUCUCGCUUCUCACAGCUGCGCAGCAAACAUGCAGGAGACAUCCAGCAGCAUCUACAAACCAUGUUCACUCUCCUCAGACCAGAGGACAACAUCAAACUGGCGGUCCGUUUGGAGAGCAUGCACACUCAGAUCACCCGCUACAUGGUGGUGGUGUCAACCAAUGGCCGUCAAGACACUGAGGAGAGCGUGGUGCUGGGAAUGGAUUUCCAUCCUGUCGAUAGCUCAUGUUCUGUAGGGAUGGUUCUGCCCUUAUGGAGCGACACGCUGAUACAUCUGGACGGAGAUGGGGGUUUCAGUGUGUCAACUGAUAACAAGGUUCAUGUAUUCAAGCCGGUUUCUGUGCAGGCCAUGUGGUCGGCCCUACAGUCACUCCAUAAAGCAUGCGAGGUGGCUCGUUGUCACAACUACUUCCCAGGCAGCUUGUUCCUCACCUGGGUCAGCUACUAUCAAAGCAGGGUCUACUCCGACCAGGCACGCAUCAAUGAGUGGAACACCAUGCAAGACUUGCAGUCACACCGCGCUGAUUCGCCUGUGCUCUUCUCUGAUGCACCCACAGGAAGAGAGCUGACAGAGCGUCAGAUCAAAUCCAGUUUGAGGGAGAUCAUGAUGCAGAAAGACCUUGAGAAUGUCACCUGCAAAGAGAUCCGAACAGAGCUGGAAAUGCACAUGACGUGCAACCUGCGAGAGUUCAAGGAGUACAUUGACAACGAGAUGAUAGUCAUUCUGGGCCAGAUGGACAGUCCUACGGAGAUCUUUGAUCACGUCUUCCUGGGAUCUGAGUGGAAUGCAUCCAAUUUGGAGGAGCUGCAGAAGAGCGGGGUUCAGUACAUCCUGAAUGUAACGAGGGAGAUCGAUAACUUCUUCCCCGGUGUGUUUGAGUACCACAACAUCCGUGUGUACGACGAGGAGGCCACUGACCUGCUUGCUUAUUGGAACGACACCUACAAGUUUAUAUCUAGAGCCAAGAAAGCCGGAGCCAAGUGCCUGGUGCACUGUAAAAUGGGCAUAAGUCGCUCCGCAGCCACCGUGAUCGCGUACGCCAUGAAGGAGUACGGCUGGGAUCUGGAAAAAGCCUUCGAUUACGUCAAGGAGCGUCGAGCUGUGACCAAACCCAACCCCUCUUUUAUGAGACAGCUGGAGGAGUAUCAGGGCAUACUGCUGGCCAGCAGGCAGAGGCACAACAAACUGUGGCGUUCUCACUCCGACAGCGACCUGUCUGAGCACCAUGAGCCGCUGUCUAAGUCUCACGCCCAACCGCACAGCCUGGGUCGCUCCGACCCCCAUAACCAGGCCGGCAGUGCGUCCGGUCCCUCUGUGAAAGAACUGCUGGAUUCACUGGGAUCUUCGACCAUCACUGGCAAAGCAACGCACUCCGCUAGCCAGCCUGAUACUGGCAUCCACUCCAAGCAGUUCAGCUCUUCAUCCUUUGAGGGGGUGGCAGCUCUAUCAGGCGGCAAUGCUGAAGCUCCUUCUCAUUCUGCUGUAGUCCAAAUCAGCCAGUUGGACUCCCUGUGUCCCGAGUCCACAGCUGGCUCUGUGUCUCCGUUAUCUCCUCCAUUAUCUCCUCCGCUCUCUAACGGCCUAUGUGACGCUGAGGAGCAGCCCUCAUCACCUCCUCUCUCCCAGCCAAGGGCCGCCACUGUGGUGCCUGAGCCUCAAAAGACAGACAUGGUUACUGUUGCGCAGAGUGUUUUAGUGGACCAGCCUCAGUCGCCUCCAUCCUUUCACCACCUCCCCCUCUCCCCUGCUCCAUCCCCAACUCCCGUCUGCACGGAUGAAGUCAUCAAACCGCAGUCCUGCUCUCCGCCCGUGAUAAAACCGAUGCUGGCGUCAGUGCCUGAGCCCAUGACGACACAAACACCAAGCACACAACAGGCCGGACCCCAGUGUGUGUCUGCACCAGUGCCUGUCAAACAAACAGACUGUGACCAACAGAUGUGUGGCUUGACUUUGGACGGUUUAGCAGCACAUCCUCCCUCCGCUAGUGAUUUUAUCAGCCACCCCAGUGCCAUUCCACAAGACAACGAGGUGUUGUUCGGCCACAGCGCGGAUCACAUCAACUUUUUCAGUGCCAGAGAAAAGUUCAAGGGAAUGAGUCAAGAUGGUAAAACUCAGCUGAAGAGUUGUGGCAAGGAACAUCCACCACUGCCUCAGGAGGUCUCCACUAGUGAGGGGAAGGAGGAGGAGAAAACGAAGGAAAUGACUGACCCUGUGCAGGUCACAGGACUGAAGCCUGCAGAGCACAUAGAGCCUCAGGGCCCCCAAGAGCAGGAAGUGAGGAAGUCGAGGCAGGAAGUGGAGGAUGGAGACGUUUUAUCACAGGGGGAAACCGAGAAUGUUAAAGAGGAACAGGGAAACAAAGAAGAGGAGGAGGCUCCUGCUCGUCUCUACAGCGAUUGGACGAGGGGGUCCGUGCGGCGCGUCACUCGACAGCUGGAGCAAAGAAUGAAACAGGAGCACGAGACUCCGUCGCCCUCCUCAUCCCCACCGUCCCUCUCCGGCAGCUCCUCCUCCUGCUCUCAGCAGCGUCCACCCAGCGUGUCAAUGUCUAGUCUGCAGGAUGCAUCAGUGUCAGAAGGUAGCAAUGUGCAGGAAGAGCAGGAGGAGGAUGAUGAUGAUGAUGAGUUUGGACCAAUUAAAAGGGAGAGUGGGGAUGUAGUUGAGAUGGGGGCACUAGAAAAUAAUGAAGGAAGCACAAAAGCACACAAACUCCAGCCUGCUGAUACUAGGUCGUUCUCUACCUCUUCUUCUCUCCACCGCUCUGCCCAUUCUCCCUUCGCCUCUGUGAACUUCCUGUGUUUGGAGGGCGUGACAGAUUUGGAGUCGGGCACAGACUGGGACUGCACCACAGAGGGACCUCACAGUGACAUUAUCAUGAGGGAGACGUGGGAGACUUUGUGCGAGCUGGGUGCCUUCCUGCAGCAGGUAAGCAUGGACGGAGCUGGCAGGACCAGGUGUGCGGACCAGGUUUUUGGCCUCAGUGCCGCAACCACUCAGAAUCGAGGCAGCGACGUCCAGAAGAGGGUCAGAGAGGUGGAAGCGAGGAUUCGCCAGGCGGGACUGACCCCUCCUUCAAUGAUGAAGCGCUCAGCCUCUCUGGCCAAACUGGGCUGCCUGGAGCUGCUUGCCAACGACCUGAGCGAGUGGGAGUUCAGCCGCUCCUCCGUCGCUCCGUCCUCUGCAGAACCUCUGAUCCACACAGCCAACGACGAGUCCAAGAAGCAGCGGGUCCACAACUCUCCUUCCUCCGCCGGCCAGCAGCCAGAAGACCUCGGAACUGGUGCGGAGAGGCUUUCUGAAGCCGGAGAUGUCUCUCCACCAUCCAAUCCGCAGAGAGUAGAGCUCCAAAACUCUGACCACAAUUCUCUGCAUCUGCCUGGGCUGAUACUGAUGGCAACAAGGCAGCAAUAUGGAAGGACUCACCCUCUGAGGCGGCUUAAGAAAAGAACUGCCAGUACCCUUUACCACACCAUGUAACCCUCAUCGUGUGUGUGUGUCGGUGUGAGAGAGAGAGAGAGAGAGAGAGAGAGAGAGAGAGGGAUCAUGCACACCUGUGAGAAUUGAAGUGCAUAGAGAGGCAAAGUCCCGCCCCCUUCCGGUGGUCCACCAUGGAACCUUAUUUCAGAAAAAAUAUGAACAGUAGUCGGCGGCGAGAGACAAAUAUUUUUUUGAUCCCGUUUGAAUUGCACCAUGAAUCAGACAUAUAAUGUUUGAUGAUUUAAAAACAUAAUUUUGCAAGUCAAGAAGGUCGCAGUUUGUUGUAAAUCUGUUGAAGUGUAAGACGUGAGUGAAAGUACAUAAUUAGAAAGAUUACACACCCAAAAGCGACGUCUCUCUCACUGAAAUUACGAUGCCUGUGUGUUUCGUACUGGGAUGUGCUCACACCAGCAACCGGUCUCGCUUGUUCUUUCACUUCCCAGCAGAUAAAAAGCCCAGGAGUCGCUCAAUAAAACACAUCAGGUCAGAUAACGUUUCAUUUGUGCGUGGAACGUACUGUAGCUAAGUUAAACUAAAUGAUACUACGACAAACCUACAACAAAUUGCGACUUUCUUGACGUGCAAAAAAAAUAUUUUGGGGUCCUCCGGAAGGGGAGGGACUUCGCCUCUCUAUAAUGUUGGAUUUAUUCAGCAAAACAAACCAAUGCCUCUUGCCUUAAAGGAUGUGUUUCUGUACAUGUUUUCCCUGCAGAUCUGCUGAGGGCCUCAGUGAAAUACGAGUUCCCAGUGCAAGAACAGUGACAAGGCUAUGAAGGGUCCGGUCAGUUGAAAUUAAAACUAUGAAUCAAAUUGGGAAAAAAAGCGCUGUGUAGUAUGAAACACUCUCAGAAGCAGCAGAAAACAAUCAUCAGAAAAUGAGUAAGUUGUCUCAAAUGUUAAUAUGCCUGAGCCUGCACAUAUUGGCCCAAUCCCAAAUCUCCACACUCACAGACUCACUGACUUUGAGGCGCAUUCCCGCAAAGUCCGUGAGGGUUUAGGGCUGUCCCACUGUCAAAUCGUCAAGUCCUUGAGGGCCUCCUCUCGCAGACAAUUUGAGCCCUUUAUGAACACUUUCUGUAAGUCUGCAUUUCUGCAGACUUCACCUGAGGAAAUUACCCAAAAUUCAUAGCUUUGUGACAUUAAAUAUGGGGUUAGAAGGGGGAAAAAAAGGUAAACAAAAAGGACAGCACAUUUGUGUUCAGCCUGGCAUAUAAAAUUUACACAGAAGCAUUAACAUUAAGGAUUUAAGAUGGAACAUUAAAAAAAAGUGAAAUCAGAGGAAUGUAAUCAUAGGCUGUAUUACACACCUGGUUUAUUCAUCAACCAGUUCUUUUAAUUUUACUUAAGUAAUUUUAUUAUUUGACAAUUGGGCUACCUCUCCUCUCGUAAGGCAAGAGCCUGAAAGACGUCCAAAUCAGGCAGUAAAAAUAAAAACCCACCAUCGUCAAGGUAACGUGAUAUAUUGCAGCAAAGUGCAGUCCCAUUCAUAUUUAUACCAUUUCAAACCCUUGCAGCCUCUCACACUCAUUUACCAGGUGACGUCAGUCAAGUCCCUGAGGGUUCAGGGCUUAUAUCCUUAGGGGGGUACAUUGGGAUUGGGCCGUCCACUCUUCACAUCAUUGCUGGUUCCUCCAUCAUGAACUUGAUAUUAGGUUGAUCGCUGUUGGUUCAUUGAAUAGUCCGACCUGAUGUUAGGUGGAAUGUAGCCUCUGUUUUCCUCUUCUCGUGUCUCUUCAUCAAUGUAUUUGCUGCCAAGAAAAAUGAAACAGCUGGUGCAAUCUGAUAAAUUAAUCUACACAACAUCAAUUCAACACUCGGAACAGACUUCUCAAACCUGCAGAUUUGGUUCAAAAUGAUCAUUUAAGGCAGCGGUUCUCAAACUGUGGGGCUACGAAAUCUUUUUCACUGCAGAAAGUAAACAAAUCAACUCUUUAUGCGUCCAUGGUAGCAAUGGUGUUCAUUUUAGCGUGAACAUUUUUCUUCCUCCAAGAAGGGGAAUGACAGAAAAAGUUUGAGAACCACUGAUUUAAAAGAUAACCUUUGAUUCAUUUAGAAAAUACUGUACUGACAAAUAACACCAAUCAAUGUCACUUCUGCUGUCUGGAGACUGAUUUUAAUCAGCCGCACAUCUAAACACACAAAUCACAGACACAAGAACGAACGGUGUAUCCAGAGCUGGUGACAGGAACUGAAAAUGGCUGCAUAGUUGUGCUGAAAAACAAAAUGCAAAGAGAAGAUGCCUGCUGUUUUUUUUGUUUUUUUUAAAUGUUUGUUUUGACUACACAAUACCUCAGUAAGUGUGAACCAAAUCUGACCUGCAUAAACGUCAGCCUCUGGAUUCCUGGGAUGUCUCCGUCUCAGUCAGAAAACAAUUUCAACUUCUCUACUGGAUGAACUGAAGUAAACUCGUCUCUCUCGUGUCCUCUCGUUGUUCUGAUGCCACUCAAACAUUUUCUGUAUGUAUUGCUGUGUGGGAGAAAGGGGGUAGGUUAGGGGGUUGGGAGUUGAAGGCAAAGUGUAUAUUUGUGAGUUUCCUGCUUUGUUCUCUUUGGGAUGUAAAGGUCUAUAUUGUGAGUGUUGACAUUUUAGGAACCGUACGUGUUUUUAUAUCCGGUUUGUGUCCGUGCGUGAGUGCGACUGAGUAGCACAACUUUACUACGUGGGUGUGUACUUUUAUUAUUAUUAUUUUUUUUAAUUAAUCUCUUUUGUACACAUGUUAGGAGUGUGCCUGUGACUGGCAAGUGAAGCUUCUCUGCAGUCUAUCAGAAAUGUCUGUACAGGGAGGUCUGUCAUACAUGCACUUUACUCCCUUUUUCAUUUUAAUGUGGCUUUUUUUUUUUCUUUUUUUUUUAAAUGUAUGGUUGCUAUUUUUGGGGAGCAUGCUUAGGUAGUAGCAGCCGUUGGAUAUGCGUGUGUAUUGUCAAGAACUGAUUUUAUUGUUUUUAUUUUAAACUAUCAGUGUAAAUAUUCUUUUAUAUCAUGUGCUUCAACUGUGACCAUUAAACAAUGAAAAUGA